CUUCCCGAGGGGGAGGUUUCCUGACCGUUAUCGCUUCCUGUGUUUGAUGUCAUGUUCAAACUGUGUCGAUCAAGACGCCAGAGAGUGAAACUGACGCCCGGCGGGGGAGCGCACAGGGCGGGCAGGGCGAUGUGAAGACCGGGGCGCUUAAAUCUUUUAUCUGAAGAACGGCCGCGUCGCCGAUAACAGGAUUGGCGUAUCCCCACUAGCUCCUGACCCAUUUUCCCGUGGAAAACGCUGUUUUUUUUUUCAUCGCUCAAGAAGAAUCGAGGGGGGACUCUGUUUCUCUCUGCAGCCGCUUUCCGCUGCGCGCAAUCACAGCUCCGGGAGCAGCGCUGGAGUCGGUGCGCUCUGGCAGAAAGCCUCCAGCCUCCUCCUCGUCUCUGUCGGGCUGCAGUCAGCGCUCCUCUGCAGGAAAUCACCCAGCGAUGAAACCGCUGUAAUCGAGCCUGUGUUGUUCUUGUUUUCAGUCACUCUUUACUUUACUUCACAUCGAGGGCAGGAAGAGAGGGGAAAUAAAACCCACGCAGAGGAACAGGUUUCCGUGGAUCUGUCGCACUGGAGGGGAGGAAGCGAUGGCAGCCCCGGUGAAAGCAGCGUUGGCUCUCCUGGUUCUCACCGUGGCAACUGCCCUGUGUGCGGAGGUGGAGGAGCGGCUGGUGAGUCACCUGUUGUCACCGGAGCGCUACAACAAGCUGAUCAGACCAGCUGUCAACAACAGCCAGCAGGUCACCAUUUACAUCCAGGUGUCUCUGGCUCAGCUGAUCAACGUGAACGAGCGGGAGCAGAUCAUGACCACCAACUGUUGGCUCAGUCAGGUGUGGAACGACUACAGAUUAAUGUGGGACCCUGAAGAGUACGAGGGAAUCAAGAAAAUCCGACUCCCGUCACAACACAUCUGGCUGCCAGACAUCGUCCUCUACAACAAUGCUGACGGUACCUAUGAAGUCUCCUUCUACUCCAAUGCUGUGGUCUCCAAUAACGGCGAGGUGAACUGGCUCCCACCAGCCAUCUACAAGUCGGCCUGCAAAAUCGAAGUCCGUGAUUUCCCCUUUGACCAGCAGAACUGCACCCUUAAGUUUCGCUCCUGGACCUACGACCACACGGAGAUUGAUCUCAUGCUUCUUAGUGAUUAUGCCUCACGUGACGACUUCAAACCCAGUGGUGAGUGGGACAUUGUUUCACUGCCUGGACGAAAGAACGAAGACCCUAAUGACAUCAGGUACCUGGAUAUUACCUAUGACUUUAUUAUCAAAAGAAAACCUCUGUUCUACACUAUCAACCUGAUCAUUCCCUGCAUCCUGAUCACGUCGCUGGCUAUUCUGGUGUUCUACCUCCCGUCAGACUGUGGCGAGAAGAUGACUCUCUGCAUCUCCGUCCUCUUGGCCCUGACUGUGUUUUUACUCCUUAUCUCAAAGAUUGUCCCACCCACAUCUUUAGCAGUGCCUCUGAUUGGGAAGUACCUGAUGUUUACAAUGGUGCUGGUCACCUUCUCUAUCGUCACAAGCGUUUGCGUGCUCAACGUGCACCAUCGAUCCCCCAGCACGCACACCAUGCCUCCUUGGGUCAAACGUGUUUUUCUGUACCGGCUCCCCUCUUACCUCUUCAUGCGGAGACCCGGUAGCUCCAACAUCCGCGAGAAGUUCCGGAAAAAACACCAGCAACGAUCAUUCUCUGACCAGAAGCUGCGUGGAGUGGACGGAGGGACUGGAAGUCCUCCGGGAUUGGCAGAUUCCUCCUCGUCCUUCUAUGUGAACGAGGAUUCGGCCAAACGCUACGGCUGGAAGAUCAGCGACUUGUCAGAGAACACAGAGUUCAGAAAGAGGAUGACGCUAAAGUGCAACAUUGACGUAGAGGAUGCGGUGGAUGGAGUCCGCUACAUCGCCGACAAGAUGAAGAGCGAGGACGAUGAUGAAGGGAUCAUUGAAGACUGGAAGUACGUGGCCAUGGUCAUAGACCGUCUCUUCCUGUGGAUCUUUGUGUUUGUGUGCGUGGUCGGGACGCUGGGCCUCUUCAUGCAGCCUCUCUUCCAGAGUUACAACACCCCCAUUGUUGAUGACAUCGACCAUAACUGAGAUCAGAAAUCCUGAACUUUAAUCUCAACAUGACCCAGACAUGAACUUUGAGUGCCCCCCCACCCCUUCCCAGUCACAGAGCUCUAACAACAUUUUAACACAAGAAGUCACACGUCCGCAUCACACCACACGCUCACUGGGAAUUAUAAUUAUGCACUUUAGCCCUCGUCCGCCACCUGCUCCCAUCCUUACUUCCACCUCUUGCCUCUUCAUCCUACAUGUGUCCCGGCAUCCUCUGCUCCACAUCUGUUGUGUACAAUGUGGGAGCAUUUUUGUUUCAGUUGACUAAAUAGAUAAUUCUGGUUUGUAACAAAUUGGGUCACAUUUUCAUAGUUUAAUAGGAGAUCAUUUUUAAUAGAGGAACUUGAGAAUGUGCUAACAUUUCUUGCUCCAGAUAUUUAAGAAAACUUUUCUGGCAUUUCUUUCUUUAUUGGACAGUUGACAGAGACACACCUUAAACAAGGGGAGCGAGACUGUGGUGAGACAUGGAUCAAAGGUUCCUGGUGCAACCGAGCAGAAGACAAAUGUCACACUUUUGACUGAGUCAAAGUAUGCUAUGCUGAUUUGCGAUUCCAUUACCAGUUUUACUGCACUGGCAUUGAACCACGCUGCACCUGAGAUUGAUCGCAGCCACUCUUCGGGAGUAUUCCCAACGGCUCCUGUAACCACUUCAAGUUGAGCGCAUCAUCAAGCAAGUAGCCCUGUCGUAAUGGCAAUACAAAUCCCUGCUGCACUGGGCCGAUGUGCCAGGUCAAACCCUGUUAAGCCAAACAAGUAUAUGUGUUAACCACUUGUUAACCAGGACACCCCUAAACCCUCAGCCUAGCCGUAACAUAUUCUGAAGAGAAAACAAGGGCAAAAGGUGAAAUUAUAACACAACUGAAACGUUGGAUCGAAUUCCUGCUUCAACAUUGACCCACAUUAGUUACAUUAAACAUUCCUUACAUUUUUGGCACAUUACAUUAAUUCAUUAUUAUCAAAAACAAAACCUGAGUUAUAAUAACCAGAAUUAUCAUUUAUUUCAAAAUGUGCAAUGAAACCACCUGUCAGUCAUGAUGCUCCUUCUUGGGAGUCAAUAUGGAUGCAGUUCUCUACUAAGAUAUAGCUUUACUUUGAAAGGAACACCUGACUUGAAAAGGUCGUAUUAAAAAGUGUGUUGAGCCCUAUCACUGUUCACAAAGGUUUUACCUGGCCAGCAGCAACUCAGGACUUAUUGUUUUCUGUUUACAACAGACUCGAUCUUGCUCUUUGUAUCUUAAUCAAAUUCUUACGGUCCUAAUGUGACAUUAUGGGAGCUGGCAUGCAUACAGCAAGGCACUGCUCUUUGUUGUUAAGUCUUUUUGUGAGAGAAUAGAGAGAAAGAGGCCAAAGAUGAUCAAAGCCACAGAAACUCACAAGCAAAUACAGGCCUCGCAUCGACCACACAUCCCCUGAGGAGAAGAUGAAUCCCUUCUGUGUAGAUACAUAGAAGUUGAUCACAUCCCUGAGUCCUUUUUCCCAAUAGCUCACUGUAUGAAUUUCUGAUAUUUGCCUUGAACAUGGGAACGAUAUAAGGACACAAACAGCUGUUGGACUGCGUGAAUACGAAUGGAUGGUGUGUUAUGGGGGUUCCCAGCCUGUUUUUACCCUCACACACACACUUCACUGUGUGGACCCAAAGAAACCGACUGAUCAAAUCUAUAACAAGCUGCUGUUGUGAUGUUUAAAAAGCAGCCAUGUUUUAAGAAUCUUGCAAAAAAGAAAGAGAAAACAAUAACGAUACAGAUCUUAAAAGCCAGUGACCUUCAGGCUUUUGUACCUCACUACGCUUCUUUAAAAAAAAAAAAAAAAAAAGAAAGAAAGGUACAGUACACUGGUUUCAUCAAAGUGUUGCUCGUCAGCAUCCAUCACACCAGCAGCAAUAAUAUUGUACAGUAUUUUAUACACACUGACCAGGGGCCAUAUUAACCAAACAGUCUGGAUCUUCACUUGCUUUACCUUCAGUCAUAUUGUAUGCUUGAUAACUGCAGCCUGUUCUCAGAGACGUUACUUGAAUCAGUGUCCAAUAAUUAUUCCUCAGAGUUAUUAUAACCUGUCACGGCACUCAUCUGUCACUGAUACCAACGUUAGCCAAGGAAAAAAGGUGUACUGUACUAAUCCAGCUGUUUUUGAUUCAUUUCAUAUUCCAAUGGAUGGAAUGAAACAUACUCUCUUUCUUUAUUUCUUUCCACCAGCCAGUCAUGUUGCGUAACCUGUUGAGUUUUGUCUUAAUGCUGAGAUUUGUGGGAAAGGACUGAGAUGGUGGCUGAUGUCUUGCAAAAGUGGAUCAAUAAAAGGGAAAGAUGAAAGUGACAAGCAGACCUGAUGAAUCACAUGAACAUUAAUUGGUCAUCCUAUCCUACAGUCCUUCAUUCUGCAUUAUAAAGAUGUCUCAGUUUCUGUAUUAAAGCAAUUACAAUGAAGCUUUA